AUGGUCAAGUUUAGUCUCAGCGUCAGCGCUGCAGUCUGCGCUUUAAUAAAACACUAUUUACUUAUUGAAGCUGUUAUUCUAAGUAAUGACAGUAAUAUCACCGCGGGUGGCGCUGAUCUCGUUCUUCUCUUACCGAUUCACAACAACAGCUUCAAUUUGAGUGCUGGCACCACUAGUAACACAUCUGUUGAUUUCAUUGAAGCUCCCGUUGUGAAUUUAGACAGCGGGUCAGCUGUAUUAGUUAACAAUACAAGGCUAUCGAAUGUCGAUGUAUAUGGUGAUGAAGGCAACACAACAACCAGACAUUCGGUUGAAAAUGCUACUUCUGCUAUAGAUCCUGGUUUUAUGUCACACGGCAGCAGCGUCGAUGACGAUAGCAGCACCGCCGAUGGCUUCGGCACCACCGGAUUUUUUUCUGACAAUGACGGAAGCGUGUCACUCGACUCAAGUCUUGACACAAUCGAUGCCAGCAUUGACGCUGGUAGUUCUAGGACCAGUCACGACACCACAGAUUUGACUACCGUUAACGGUGAUGGAAGUCUGCGAACUGACUUAGGUGCUAAUGAGCCAUCCGAUGGUGGCGAUCAAAGUGUAUUGGACGAUAUUGAUUUCUCGAAGGCACCAUCCUCUACACCGAUUGCGCCUCAUGGACCAAGCCCAAUCACCGGUCAAGUCAAACUCGUCCCUGGUCAUAGUGACUGCGGCGGAUUAAACUUCAAUUACACAAUCUAUAUGCCUACCUCUCUUAGCACAGUUGGGUAUACAAUGCUCUCUUGCGAACAGGGUUACCGAUGCCAGGAGGUUGAAGAUAGCCAUGUAUAUCGUUGCAGUGAAUGGCCAAGUCGCACUCCUGUCUCAUUUUACGGCCAAUGUGGUGGUGGAGAUUACGACGGCCAGACAUUCUGCGCUCCUGGAGCAGUGUGCAAGUACAUCAGCGCUAGUUUUUCCCAAUGCUUACCGACCUACUGA